AUGGAGCUAAUAUGUAUUCUUUUCCUUUUAAUAAAUGGGAUGUCGUUGGCUGUUACACAGUUCAAUGGUUAUAACUGUGAUCCUGCUGUCCACAGCAGAUUUCCAGGUGACCGGGACAUCAGUGUGUACUGCGGCGUGCAAACCAUCACACUGAAGAUCAACUUCUGCCCCGUGCUCUACUCUGGCUACGCUGACAGUGACCUGGCCUUGAACGGUCGCCAUGCCGAUGUCCACUGCCGAGGCUUCAUCAACAACAGCACAUUUCCCACGCUGCUGCUUUUCAGUGUCAGCCUGAGUACGCUCGAGGCUUGUGGUAACACACUGGUGGUUUCUGCCAUUCAGGGCAACAAUGCCUAUGGAAAUGUGUCCCUGGUCCAGAUAGGGAGUAUAUCAGGCUACAUCGACACCCCUGACCCCCCAACUAUCAUUAGCUACCUGCCUGGCCUCCUGUAUAAGUUCAGCUGCAGUUACCCUCUGGAGUACCUGGUGAACAACUCCCAACUGGCAUCAUCAUCGGUUGCUAUAUCAGUCAAAGACAACAACGGCACCUUUGUGAGCACCUUGAGUUUGAUUCUUUACAAUGAUUCAUCCUUCAAUCAGCAGCUGUCUGUCCCAAUGGCUGGACUGCCUCUGAAGACCAGGGUAUUUGCUGCAGUCAGGGCUACCAAUCUGGACAGGAGGUGGAAUGUCCUGAUGGAUUACUGCUACUCCACGCCUUCUGGGAAUCCCAACGACGCAACACGCUAUGACCUUUUCUUCAGAUGCCAAAAAGACCCCCAGACCACUGUUUUCGAGAAUGGGAAGAGUCAGUUGGGCCGUUUUGCAUUCGAGGUCUUUCGCUUCGUAAAGCACAAAAACCAGAAGAUGUCCACUGUGUUCCUGCACUGCGUCACCAAGCUGUGUCGGGAAGAUGACUGUGUCAUGCUAAUGCCGAUCUGCGGGAAGAGAAGGAAGAGGGAAGAAAGUGUCUCUCCUGGUCCCUCUCCCGGAGACGCUGUCAUAACUGCAGGACCUAUUAUCACCCGGGGCGAUGAAACUCCGACCAACAACUCACAGCUUGGUGGGAGCUCUUUCCAGCUGGACACGGUGGGCAGCGCACUGGUGUCAGGGUUGGUGCUGCUGGGAUUCAUCAGCCUGGGCUUCUUCCUCCUGUCUGUCCGGCUGCUGCGGAGGGCCAGCCCCGCCACCCUGACCGCAACCUGCAACCCCAGCUUCAAAUGA